GAAUAAAUAAAAGAAGAAGCAGUGACGCAGUGGGAUACGAGAGAGCGCGAAUGAAAGCUGGACUUGUGCAAUAAACGAACAACAAUAACAGAGACAGUGGUUCUCACUUUCCGCAAAAGCGAAUCAAUUACGCCACGCCAAAGCCACAAUUUCACCUAUCCAAUUAUUCACGACAUGUAACAAAACGACAACACCACUUUCGUCGUUCGCCGUAUUCGAUUUCAGAGUACCGUGGCGUCCGGCCAUGGCCCUGCGAAACGGCGGCAGAAAAAUCUCCUUCGAGGUCCUUAGCGUCGAGGACGAAUCGGAUCCAACGGAACGCAAUCGCAAGAAGCGCAGGCACCGCGCUUCGAAAAAGAAGAAGAAGCUUCUCGAUCGGGCCGAUUCCGAUUCCGCGGAUCCGCGUUCGGCGCCGUUGGAGAAUGGAGGAGCCUGUAACGGAUUCGAGCUCGACGCUAGCAGGUACUGCGGCGGCGGCGGCGGAGGAGGAGGAAGCGUUGUCGUGUGCGAGGCGGAGAGUGUGUGCGCGGUUGCGGAGGCGCGUGGGGCGGAGAGUGAGGAAGCAACCGCCGUGCGCGGUGGCAUCGAGGGGUUUAAUUUCGGGGAAUUGAGGCAGAGGAACGUGAAUUGUGGGAGUUCGGAGGAUUUAGCGGCUUCGGUGGUGGUGCGAGAUGAGAAGGAGGAUGGCGGUGUGAAUGCAAGUCCGGUGGAGAAAGCAACGAACGAGCCUGAUAGGAAUGUGGUUAAGAAAUUGGAGACGGUGGAAUCGUUGGACUGGAAGCGUAUCAUGGCGGAAGAUCCGAAUUUUGUGUUUUCAGUGGAGAAGUCUCCUGUAUCAUACUUUUUGGAGGAAAUGCACAAUGGAAAUUCUUUACGCAGCACAACAACUCUUGGGAAUGAAAAAGAACGAGAGAGAGUUUAUGACACUAUCUUCCGCCUGCCAUGGAGAUGUGAAUUGCUUAUAGAUGUUGGCUUCUUUGUCUGCUUCGAUUCAUUUCUUUCGUUGUUAACUGUUAUGCCAGCGAGGAUCAUGAUGACCAUUUGGAGGCUUCUAAAGACAAGGCAGUUCAAGAGGUUGUCUACAAUGGAAGUUUCUGAUUUUGGCUGUUUUCUUAUUUUGAGUAGUGGUGUUGUUCUUUUGCAGCAAACAGAUAUCAGCUUAAUAUAUCAUAUGAUCCGCGGUCAAGGAACAAUAAAACUAUAUGUGGUCUACAAUGUUUUAGAGAUAUUUGAUAAAUUAUGUCAAAGUUUUAAUGGGGAUGUGUUGCAAACAUUAUUUCUUUCUGCUGAAGGACUUGCAAAUUGUCCCCCAGAAAGCAUGAGAUUCUGGAUUUGGAGAUUUAUUUCAGACCAAGCUUUAGCGGUGGCUGCUUCAAUUGUUCAUUCUUUUAUCUUAUUAGCUCAGGCAAUCACUUUAUCAACCUGUAUAGUUGCUCACAACAACGCAUUGUUUGCUUUACUGGUGUCAAAUAAUUUUGCUGAGAUCAAAAGCAAUGUGUUUAAGCGAUACAGCAAGGAUAAUGUUCACAGUUUAGUUUACUUUGAUUCUGUAGAGAGAUUCCACAUUUCAUCUUUUAUCUUAUUCGUUUUGGCUCAAAAUAUUCUGGAGGCAGAGGGUCCCUGGUUUGAAAGUUUUCUCAUAAAUAUCCUCUUGGUUUAUGUAUGUGAAAUGAUUAUUGAUAUUAUCAAGCAUUCAUUCAUUGCUAAAUUCAAUGACAUUAAGCCUAUUGCAUACUCCGAGUUUCUUGAAGAUCUAUGUAAACAGACUCUAAAUAUGCAAACUGAGAGUGCAAAGAAAAACCUGACUUUUGUCCCCCUUGCUCCAGCAUGCGUGGUUAUUCGAGUUCUCACUCCAGUAUAUACUGCAAACCUUCCUCCCAAUCCCCUUCCAUGGAGGCUUUUCUGGAUUCUGCUUUUUUCAGCAAUGACCUAUGUCAUGCUCACAAGCCUCAAGGUUCUCAUUGGCAUGGGACUACAGAAGCAUGCCACAUGGUAUGUUAAUCGUUGCAAAAAGAGAAAACAUCAUUUUCAUGAAGAUUAGUUUGGAAGGACAAAAUACUGCUUUCUUGACUUGAUAUAUAACCUGUUUACCCAAGGAUUCCUCCACUCGUUCCCGAAUCCCGAAAAAACAUCUUUUGAAAGACCACAGGGUGAUAAUUCAGGAACACUUAGACUCCUGAAUUAUCAUCGGUGCCUGGCACAUACGGGAACAACUUUUGGUUUAUAACUUGAAGGAAAACCUAUAGAUGGUUUCCCCUUCCAAUUUUGACAGCAAUAUAUAAUUUGAUUAUUACUGAAUAAUAAUAGAAUGUUAUAGGCCUGCAUAAUUGCAAAGAAUUGCAAUCA